UUCCUAUAUUUUUAAACCUGUAGAACUUUUAUCUUUGGGAGGUGGUAGAAAAUGUAGUAAUCCUAAUAUUCAGUCCAAAAACUUGUUAAACUCUUGAGGUACUCCUCUCGCAUCUCUGGUGUUUUUCCUGAUUUCUAUGAUGAGGAAGAGCGAGGAGCAAAGAGUUCAUAUUCCUAUUAUGUAUUUGUAAACACUACUACUUCCAAUAAAGAACGCCAACACAACCACUUUAUCAACACAGAAACCGAAGCUUCUCUUUCUUUUCCAUCAAUUCAGUUACCAUCUUGAGACUUUUUGUCUCUUUGUCUUUCUUAUGCCUUGAAUUCCUCAAUAGCAAUGAACAGAAUAUAGAACGCAGACUAGGAUAUCAAGAAAGGGAAGAUGGAGUUUGAUCUUGAAGACCCACUAGUCAGCUUGGAAGAAGAGCAACCCUUUACUGUAUCAGAACUCUUUGCCUCCGAAUCAGAUCACAUGCCCUCACCAAACUACUUAAGUCUAACACAUUUUCACGUUUUCUGUUUUGAGGCCAUAUCUCUUAUUCUUCAGGUGAAGUUAUGUUUAUGUAAUAGGUUCAUUUCCCUCUCCUUCGUGUCACAUUUGCUACAUUUUGUUAUGUUUCUUCAGGUUCAGCUUUCUUACAAACUAGACCCUUUUGUAGCUUACCUUGCUAUAAAUUACAUGCACCGUUUCACGUCAAGCCAGGAAAUUCCGAAGGGGAAUCCGUGGUAUCUUAGGCUUGUUGUCGUAUCGUGUCUCUCUCUUGCUUCAAAGAUGAAAAACACAACUUUGCCAUUUUUGGAAAUGCUGAAAGAAGGUUGUAACUUUAAGGUUCAAAGUAUUCAGAGAAUGGAGCCUCUGAUUCUCGGGGCACUGAAAUGGCGUAUGAGGUCAAUUACACCUUUUUCUUUCCUGCGCUUCUUCAUCUCUUUAGCUGAAAUUGAUGACCACUCACUGAAGCAAGCACUCAAAGAGAGGGCUUCUGCUAUAAUCUUCAAUGCUCAAAAUGACAUUAAGCUUUUAGAGUAUAAGCCUUCAACUAUUGCAGCAACUGCCCUCAUCAUUGCAUCGCAUGAACUACUCCCUCAUCAAUAUUCUAUUCUGAGAGCUUCAAUUAUAUCCAGUGAGUACCUAGAUGAGGAGACAUUGUCCAAGUGCUUUGAUUUGAUGCAAGAGAUGAUAAGAACGGUAGCAAAAGAGUUAGACACAGAAAGAUGCUUUUUAAGAACAGAAACUCCAGGGAGUGUGCUUGAGAGAAACACCAAACGACAAAGAAUUUAA